GUUACGUAGAGUGCUCAGCCAUGGCUUGGUCUGUAACUAGUUUGCUUGGUCGCAGCGUCAUAAAACAGAUCGAGGGAGUGAAUUUUUGUGGUCUCCAAUGGACAGCUGUACUCCUGCGCAGCUUUGUGGGCUUUGACAACCAACUGCUUUACAAGCAGGUCAACCGCACUUCUGCGUGGCGUUCACUCUGUUAUGAUAUAAAUUCACGCACUAAGCCCCACCUGAACGUGGGGACAAUAGGACACGUCGAUCAUGGCAAGACGACGCUUACAGCUGCCAUAACCAAGGUGCUUUCGGAAACUAACGGGUCCACAAAGGCUGUUUCUUACGAUCAAAUUGACAAGGCACCCGAGGAGAAGGCUCGGGGUAUUACAAUUAAUUCCACUCACGUCGAAUACCAGACCACCAAUCGCCACUAUGCUCACGUGGAUUGCCCGGGCCAUGCGGAUUACGUGAAGAACAUGAUUACGGGAGCUGCACAGAUGGAUGGCGCCAUUCUGGUGGUGUCGGCAGCGGACGGGCCCAUGCCGCAGACUCGUGAGCACAUUCUCUUGGCGAAGCAGGUCGGAGUGCCCCGCAUUGUGGUAUUCCUCAACAAAUGCGAUGUGGUUGAAGACAAGGAGCUCCAGGAGCUGGUGGAAAUGGAGGUCCGGGAGCUGCUCAACUUUUACAAGUUUCCUGGGGAUGAGGUCCCUGUCAUCCGGGGGUCAGCCCUUAGUGCAUUGAAGGGCGAAAGGGCCGACACUGUGGGCAAGAACUCCAUUAUGAAGCUCAUGCAGGCUGUUGACGAGUACAUCACCGUCCCGCCGCGUGUCACGGACAAGCCCUUUCAAAUGCCUGUGGAAGACAUCUUCUCAAUUGCUGGUCGUGGUACUGUCCUCACUGGGCGUAUAGAGCAAGGAGUCAUUAAGCCGGGCGAGGAUGUUGAGAUUGUUGGCCUUCGCGAGGCGAUUAAGAGCACAGUCACUGGUGUGGAGAUGUUUAAGAGGAGCCUUAUCCAGGGGCAGGCGGGUGACAACGUGGGCCUGCUCAUCCGCGGUAUAAAGCGUGAGGACGUGUCCCGGGGCCAGGUGGUGUGCAAGGUCGGCAGCUUGAAGACGUACAAGCGCUUCGAGGCGGAGGUGUAUGCACUGACAAAGGAGGAAGGCGGUCGCCACACGCCAUUCACGAGCAAGUACAAGCCGCAGUUUUUCAUCCGCACGGCCGAUGUAUCUGGUCAAAUUAUGCUUCCUGAAGGCAUCGACAUGGUAAUGCCUGGGGAUAACUUUCGGGCAACCAUCCAGCUGUCAGCACCCACGGCGCUCGAGGUUGGCCUACGCUUUGCCAUUCGGGACUCAGGCAAGACCGUUGGUGCUGGUGUCGUCGCCAAAGUCAUUAGCUAAUGGGAUUGGCAGCCGCCAUCAGUGUUCCUAGCAUGACCUUCUUGGAUUUUCUCUAUGCUUCGUAUGAAUAAAGGAGUGAGCUGGUCGUAUCAUCUGGCGGAACUGGUCGACACCUACAGUAGCUCCAACCGGCAUAUUGGACUUUUCGUUCGUUUGCUUCUUGCGCUAUGAGAGGCAUAUGUAAAAUAAGCAUUU